AUGUUCACUUCGAAACAACAGGAAUCUACCGAUCAGUGGGAUCAUGUAACAACAAAACACUCGGCAUGUAAACGGAUGCCGUCGGAAAAAGGAAUCAGAGAAUUUGAAGUUUCAGAGUGGAUUGACGAUUAUGGCCUUUCUGGCGACGCUACUGGCACGGGGCUCGAUACCACUUCUCGAGAUCUCUUCUAUCCAGAUGCUGGACAGAAUCCUCUUGGAAUCGGCUUGAGUAGCCAUGGGGACAAUCUAGUUCAACCGGCGUGGUCACAGAUACUCCCGGAAAUCUCACCAUCCCAUAAUGCUUACUAUGGGAAUUACUCGCUGGAACUCUUGCCGCAGACAGUCGCUUCACCGAAUACUUAUCUCAUAGGACCUUUUGGUUCUUCCAUCCAAGGGUAUGAUCAUGCUUGUACCAGUAGCUCCGCAAUCCCGGAAAUCAGCACCGGUACUGCUAAUCACAUCGACGCAGCUCGAAGAUGUAUUCUGUGUGAAGACAUGGAACAUUCAAGUUCUUGCGUCCCACCAGCCCCAAGCCAUGGAUUCCUUAGUAGGCUGCCUUCAACUUCUGUCGACAAUUUUGAUUAUCAUGAGGAUCGGACUUCUGUUGCAGAGAACCCAAAGCUACAUUCAGAGUGA